AUGCUCAUCAUGGAAUACCCGCAACCCCACGCCUCGUCCGCGGCCUACCUCUGGAACCCUAGCACGGGCGACGAGCUUCCCUUGUCCAACAUCCCGGAGAACCGUGAUGGCCUGUGCCCGCUCUGGAGGUGCCUCCUCUCCCACAAGGACCCAGCUCAUCAUCCGGGGUGCGUCGUCGUGCUCCUGUGCUCCGGCGAGACCGCCAUGUGGUACUGCGGCGGCCGGUGGAGGCGCUUCUCAUACGAGAUCACCGACAACGAUGGUGAUCAGCAUCGUCCUGUGUUCCAAUACUUUGAUGAUGAUGUCCCUGACAUCAAAUUCCCCCAUGAAUUAUACCAGCCCACAGGAAACAAGAAGGAAAACCAAAACCACAAUCCCCACACCCCAUUUCUGUUCGCACGGUUCCGCGACGCCGCAUCCAUGGAGAUGGAUGGGGAGGAUGGCCCCGAUCCCUCGUCAGCUCGGUUCCCGCUCCCUCCCCGUUCCUACCCUGAGAUGAUCCUGGAGGCGAUCGACGCGCUGCGCGACGACAACGCCUCCAACGAGUGGGCGAUCUCGGGCUACAUCAGGGGCAGGUACGGCGCCGGCCUGCCGCGCAAGCACUUGUCCGUCGUCCGGUCGCACCUCGCCCGCAUGGUUUGCGCCGGCGAGAUCCUCCUGGACAAGAACAAGAACAACUGCUACCGCCGCCACCCAGAUCCCGCUGACCCUGUGAAGCGGGGGCGCAGACGGCGGCGGCGCAAGCCCAAGGGCCCCGGUUCCGAGGUAAUCAUCGGUGCGAUGGUCACCCCCAGUGAAGCUUUCGUCGUCGGCCCCGUCAAGGUUGGGCGACGCGGAAAGGCGCCUGUCGCCGUGGGCACAAGAAGGACGGUCCCUCUCCCAACUUACCCUGAGAUGAUCGUGGACGCGAUCCAGGCGCUGGGCAACGAGAAUGGCUCAGACAGUGCGGCGAUCGCCGGCUACAUCGAGGCCAAGUACGGCGCCAAACUCACGCGCAGGCACAGGCACGCCACGUUCGUCAGCGGGGAACUCUCCCUCAUGAAGGCAACUGGCGAGGUCCUCUCCGUUUCCCCCACCCACUAGUCCCCAAGGCGAGGCAUCCGAAAGCCACGUCUGACGGACUGAAGACUGCACUGAAUUUCUGGAACUGGGACAAAGGGAUUUGUCUCCCCAGUCCCCAUCAGUAUGCAAGAAUGAGAUGUUCUUCCUGUUUAAGCUUGCGUGCUUGUUGUAAGUAAACGAGUGGGGUGUUUGGAUCUUUAGUCCGAAC